UUGAACCUUUUUCUUUAGGUCUGUUUUUGGGGGAUUAGGUUGGAUUGAAGAGAGAAAAAGAAAUACACAAAUGAAGAAAUUGAGGGAUUAGUUUGCUGAGAAAUUUCCUUCUCCUCCUACAAUUAGAAAGACAGUGAGUGGGUAAUUAGCCAAAUGAAGAACUGAAGGCAUGAAUUAUUUGCUACAAAUCUGAAACGGGAAUGAAGGAAACUUCCUUCCUUCUCCACCUCGACCUGGUAAUGGAAAUCGUAGGAUAGAGACUCAAAACAACCACAGAGUGAGUGACUGACUGUAUCCCACUUUUCAUACCUUUCUAUUCAGUAAGAGAUCACUAAAAUGGAUAAUCCCAUUCUUAUAUACAUUCUUCUCUCUUCUUCUUUUCACUUUGGGAUCUCUCUUUUCUGCCAAAAUGGCUUCUUCUUCUUCAAUUUCAAUUCCAAUACCUGCUGCUGGUUCAACUUCUUCAAGUUCAAUAGGAAGAAGAGAUGCUGCUGUUCAGCCCAAAAGGAGGAUUUCCGAAUCAAUUCCUGCUGAUGCUGGUUCAAAUUCUAUUGGAGGAGGAGGAGGAGGAGGAACACGAAGAAGAGGAGGAGAUGCUGCUCAUCAGCCAACAAAGAAAAAACCCAAAUAUUCGAAGUUUCUUCAGCAAGAACUGCGAUCAUACAAGCCAAUUAUAGGACCUAAAUUGAUAAUUUCAGCUUUUGUGCUCUCAAGUCUUAUAUUCAUCCCCUUGGGUGUUGCUUUCCUUAUCGCUUCCAAAAGUGUUGUGGAAAUUGUAGAUCGCUAUGACACAGAAUGCAUACCAGAGGAUUUCAGAAACGACACUCUUGGCUACAUUCGGAACGCAAACAUUAGCAAAUUAUGCACUAGGCAUAUCACAGUUCCCAAGGAUAUGAAGCAACCUAUUUUUGUGUAUUAUCAACUCGAAAAUUUUCAUCAGAGCUACCAAAGGUACGCAAAGAGCCGAAGUACCGCCCAGUUGAAAGAUCCCUCAAAAGAGACUGAGAUAAGAGCUUGCGAACUAGAAGCUAAAGUUGGAGCCAAGAAACAAUCAAUCGUCCCAUGUGGUCUCAUAGCCUGGAGUUUGUUCAAUGAUACAUACAGUUUCUCCCUGGGAAACAACAAGACAUUGGUUGUGAACAAAAAAGGUAUUUCGUGGAAGAGCGACCGGGACAGCAGAUUUGGUGACAAAGUUUUUCCAAGAAAUUUCCAGGAUGGAGCUAUUCAAGGAGGGAAGCGUCUUGACUCGAGCAUACCUUUGAGCCAACAAGAAGAUCUCAUCGUAUGGAUGAGAAUAGCAGCCUUUCCAACCUUCAGAAAGUUAUAUGGGAGGAUAGAGGAGGAUUUUAAAGCCGGUGAUACCAUCGUGGUUACUUUAGAAAACAAUUACAACACAUAUGAAUUUGACGGGAAAAAGAAACUUGUUCUUUCUACCACAAGUUGGAUUGGGGGGAAGAAUGACUUUCUUGGGAUUGCAUAUCUCACAGUCGGUGGGCUUUGCUUAUUUUUAGCCUUGGUUUUCACCAUUAUCUAUCUUGUCAGGCCAAGGCAACUUGGAGAUCCUUCACACUUGUCUUGGAACAGGGAUUCUGCGGAGCGCACUAAGAUAAAUAACUGACUUUAAAUGUGUAGGCUGGUUUGUUUUUUAGUAUAUUAUUACAAUUACAAUUACAACAUGGUAUGUGUAAAUAAUAGUAUCACAGAGAGGAUUGUCGACAUUCAGAAGUUUAAUGAAGUUUGCAGUUUCAGUUCUCAUGAUUAUAUCUUGCUUUGUGUUUUAGAAUUAUUAUUUACCCAUUGACUUAGUAAACUUGCAGUCAGGCAAUAUAGUUCUUAACUUGUUAUGUCGUACUAAAGAUGUGAAUCAUUUGAUGCUUAAGAAGUACUCAAUUUAUAUGAUCUUCACAUUUUUCAUGUGCUGAGUUGUGUAUUUGAUGCUCAGUUUCUCAACUCUCGAGUGUCUGAGGCUCUCAGCAGAGAUGGUGGUAUUGUGAUAAAUGGCAUCAAUCAGAAAUUGUCAUUUCAAUCUUCGAUUUUUUGUCUUUUCUUCUAAAUGCAAGCUACUGUGGUAUUGUGAUGGGGUAGGCAGUGGGUUGUUGUAAAUGCAAUUCUUUGAUAGAUUUGUUCACUCGUGCCUGUAUUCAAGAAUUGAACUGCCCUUCACUUCAAGCAAUCUGUUGACUGAGUGGAGAAUAGCCUCCCCCCACAGGGAACUCCUACACCAAAUUGAUAGUCACGUAGGAGGACAGAAGAAUGACGGUCCUACACAACUCUUCCUAAAAAGGAUUUAGAUGUUGAUAAUUAUGAAGAUGAUGUAGCUGUUGGAGAUGUUUCACUCGUGCCUGUAUUCGAUGGUUAUGAAACCGAUGAUUCGAUUGAAGAGGGUUCUGAUAGUGAUGGUUUUUUUUUGCAAUUUGAUGAUUUGUGUUUAGUCUUGAUUGGGUUUGACUGAAAUGGCUUUUGUGAAUUGCUAAUUAAACCUUUGAAGGUGCGUAUGAUGCCGCAAGUGAAAGCGACGAUGAUUCAGAUGAGGGGAAUGAUAGGCCUUUACAGGCGCAGAACAAGGAACUUCGUUUGGAACUUGCCAAGCAAAAGAAGAAAUUGAACCGCCUGAUCGAAAAGGAUCCAGAAUUCGCAGAAUUCUUGGAAGCUCGUGCCGAUGAACUUGAGCAAGAUAGUGAUUAUAGUGAUCUUGAUGAAGAAGCCGAAACUUGGAAGCUGAUUCCAGCAUUGGCAAGCCUUUGACUACUGCAAUAAUUGAUUCCUGGUGUCGACUGAUUUUAGAGGUGACAGUUCAUCUCUCGGCAACUGGGGAAAGAAAAGUUCCAUCUGCAUCAUUUCUUAUCAUGCGUGAUGCUGCUACUCAGUUGAGUUUAAACUGUCUUGAGUCCUGCUUGAUACUGCUUGAUAAAAACAUUCAAGGCCUUUAUUGCACGAAGCAAAUUUUUGGAGCCCACAAAUUUGUUACACAGAAAAUUUCUUGCGGACUCCCUUGCCGAGCUUUAUUCUCUAGAUGUUCUGAGAUCAUGUAGCAAGGCAUUGGUAUCUAUCCAGCAAUUAGUCACAAUAUUACGGCAGUGCCUUCACACAAAAGAAAAGGUAAAUAUUUAUAUUUUCAUCCAUAAGCAGAUGGGUAUAGUCGCAGGAGGUCGUAUUGUCACUUUUUCAGACCCAUGUGAUUACUUCUUCACUGGUAAAGUCAAGGCAAUGACUCUAUCUCUCUCUGUUCUGGUUGCAAUUGAGAUGUUCAAUUCCUUGAAUGCCCUAUCUGAAGAUAAUAGUUUAGUAAGAAUGCCUCCAUGGAGAAACCCUUUUCUUCUCCUGGCCAUGUCAGUCUCAUUUGGGCUUCAUUUUCUCAUUCUAUACAUACCGUUUUUAGCUGUCCUGUUCGGAAUAGUUCCAUUGACUCUAAACGAGUGGAUUUUGGUAAUCUUGGUCUCAGCACCAGUGAUUCUGAUAGACGAGGUUCUUAAAUUUGUUGGAAGGAGGAGAAGACGGGUAUCUAAGAAGUACAAGAAAGCCUAAGACAGCUUAGGUAAAGUCGUUCUACGGGGGUUGGUUUAAACAAUACGAAGAGAAGAAAAUGCCAUGUCAAUUAUUCGAUUUAUAUAAUCAUAUAUGUGUAAAUUUCUUGUUUUUACAUGAAAAAGAGAAAGUUCAUAACAGUGCUUAUGUUUUUGGUCUUCUAAUUGAGUAAAUGAAGGCCAUUAAUUUCACUACACUUCCACUGUAAGUAUUUAUAUUUUUAAUUUACAAACUUUGCUGGAACCUGUACCCAUCUGUUUAUUGUUAACUCGUGCACAAGCAAUAUUGUUAGGAUGGGAUUACAGACGAUUCAUUCUUUUCUGUUAAGUUCUUUUGUUUGAAAUUUUGAUGCUCAAUUGUGUACGAAACCAGGGUUCUUUUAAGUUGCAUCCUGCUAACACCCAGCUGUUUGCGUCUUCAGGGAACAAUGGAGAAGAUAUAUAGCUGGCAAUACAUCUAUUGUGUGGAUUUGUGGGUUAAGUAUGUCUGCGCAAACGUUGAAUAUAAUGACCUUCUGUUGUUGGUGUACUUAAUUGUUCAAAUCAGCUUUCAAGUUCUUCUAGGGACUUCAUCCCUGUGACAUCUUUGGUGCUCGACUCUUUGGAGUACAUUGGAACUGGCAAGCCAGAUGCAAAAAAUCUGCAAAACCCUUCAACAUGUCAUUUGCACUAAAGAUCCCAAAGCAGUGGCUGAAAUCACGCCUCUUCCAAGAAGAGUGUGUCUUAUCUGUAAUUGAGUUGCUUUCAGCUCACUUUGUUCAGUGGAGCUACCAUAUAUCAUUCCCUGAGCUGGCAGCUAUUCCCUUAAUUCGUCUGAGAAAGUUCAAUGAGAAAAUUACUGUUGAAAGUCUUCGACAUCCCGUGAAACGUCUAAUAGAUAUGGUUGAGCAGAAUAUUGAGUUUGGCUUUUCACCAAAAGAUAAGGCAGCCGUUGACUCUUUUCUUCAGGAGAUCAAAGUGGGCAACAAGCAGACUCCUGUUACUCAAUACUAUACUGAUCAUUAAAAGAAGCCUCUGCGGAAGUUCGUUCAUGCAAAGUAAGGCAGCACAGAAGAAACCGAAGAGAGGGAAGGCCAGUGUUCCCCAAAAGAGCUCAAAUAAGGAGAAUGCCGAGAAAAGCUUGGAUUCAUUCAACCCAGAGUGAGAGACUAGAGGGGAAAAAAAGGAAGAAAGGAAACGACGAGAGCAGUGAAUCAGCUCAAAAGAAAUCAACUGGAGAGGAAAAGUUGACAACAGUUGACCAUGACAACAAUGCCGAGGAUAACGCAACAAAUGGUUGAGCAAUGAAAAGCUGAUCCAGGGGUUCAAAAGUCAAAUGGAAGUGAAUAAGAUGAAAACUUAAGGAUGAGCAAUGUGAAAUCUAGAACCCCCAAUUAUUCUUUUUUGUAUCCCGAGAACAUUAGAUGCACUAUUUCCAAAUGCAGUUGGAAAUUAUUUUCAGUGCAGUGGUUUCCCCCUGUAUUUUUGUCAUGGUUCAGAUAGCUUAAUGAAGACCUACCUCCAGGGGUUGGUUUUUCAGUAAA